UGAUUCAAUACAAAUUGGUUCCCGAGAGGCGCGAAAUGAUUUGCCAGAAAUGGUGGCAACGACUUCAGGGCUGUCAGCGAGCAGUGGAGGACUGGCAGAAGAUACUACAGGUGCACUCACUGGUGCUCCAACCGCACGAAGACAUGCGAUCGUAUCUCAAGUUUGCCAAACUCUGCCAAAGGAGUGGUCGAUUACAGCUGUCGUACCGAACACUGGUAUCACUUAUGGACACCGACCCCUCAAAUCUUGUGACUGGCGUUCCCCUCCCCACCACAUACCCAAUGGUGACCUUCAGAUAUAUCGAGCACUUAUGGAUCUCUGGCCAGAAGGAGGAGGCGUUCAACCAAUUGGCGCACUUCACUCAAGUGGCUCUCAUUCCGCAAAACAUUCACUUCUUAACCACUGAUGAGAGCCAACAAAUACAUCAAAGGAAUGAAUUAAACAAACUGUUGUCA